AUGGUUAGGAUCAGACCCAUCCCAGUGCUGGCAGAGAGGGUUUGGGGUCAGCCCCCCCCGAGGUCUGUGUUCAAAGGCUCCGCUGUGUGCGUGUACUCCAUGGCCGACAUCCGCAUGGUCUUCAAUGGGCCCUUCGCCCACAAGGAGGGACCCAACUACCAGUGGAUGCCAUACACAGGCAAAAUGCCCUAUCCAUGCCCGGGCACCUGCCCAGGAGGCACCUUCACCCCCUCCAUGAAGUCGACCAAGGAUUACCCAGACGAGGUGAUCAACUUCAUGCGCUCGCACCCGCUGAUGUACCAUGCCGUGUACCCCGUGCACCGCCAGCCACUGGUGGUGCGCAGCAACAUGCACUACAGGUUCACCACUGUGGCCGUGGACCAGGUGGAUGCAGCCGACAGGCGCUAUGAGGUGCUUUUCCUGGGCACAGGGGACAUCAGGAACCAGGUUUGGCACACCCUCGUAGGGCCCUAUGAGCCUAUCAGCAAUAGCAGGAGCAAGCCCAGGUGCUUUUACGAGAGGCAAUGA